GCCAUCUUUAUAUAAAUCAACGCAACAACCAACAACGUCGUUCAACGUUAAAAUUAGUGUUCAAUUCUCGUUGCAGGCAAAGAAAAGCCAUAGAAAACUAGAGAUAGAGAGAGAGAGGAUCAGAGGGAGGGGUUCUUGAGAGAGAAAGACAAGGAGGGGUGGUCUCAAGAUCUUGCCAGAUCGGACCAGAAUCUUUGAUGGGACGGGAGCUUACUGAUUUGCAUAUGGACAAGCCAAAUAUGGUUGUAGUGUCAUCGAAUGGUGUGUCACAUGGAAAGGCUCAUGUUUCUCCAAACAUGUCUGAAGAAAACAUUGAUGAAAAGGAAUAUGAUGUCAAGGAGUGCACUGCCGUGAACUCGGUUGAGAUUUGUGAUGAGAAGCAAGAUGUGCUAGGUGUCAAAAGCACUAAUUGUGACGCUGAACUUUCUAGGGUAAAAAAUGAGAAGCUUGGAGUUCAGAAGUCAAGUGAUAAUAAAAUUUCAAAAACUCCUGUGCCAAAAUCUGGUGGUUCCGGAAAUGGAAGUCCAAAUCACACUGUUCCACAGCCGUUUUAUCUAGCAACCGAAAAGCGUGCUGCUGGUGGGAACUGUUUGGCAAAUGCCAACAGUGCACACUCUCCCAAUGCUACGAAGAAUUCACAGCCAAACUCACCUUCGACAGCAAGGAAGCCUUUGCAUCCAGAUAAUAAAAAGCAUACUGAUGAAGAAGAUGCUUGGUCUGUUGCAUCCUCUACUGCUACAUCUGUACGGACCGUUAAAUCCAGAGUAACUAUUGGAUCAGCUCCCACAUUCAAAAGUGCAGCGCGUGCAGAGAGACGGAUGGAGUUUUACUCGAAGUUAGAGGAAAAACACCAAGCUCUGGAGGUGGAGAAAAGCCAGUGUGAAGCAAGGCAAAAGGAAGAGCAAGAUGCAGCCAUCAAGCAGCUUCGAAAGGGCAUGGUAGUUAAAGCAAAUCCAGUACCCAGUUUCUACUAUGAGGCGCCUCCUCCAAAGGCUGAACUUAAGAAGUUACCUCUGACUCGUCCCAAGUCACCGAAACUUAGCCUUAGCCGGAGAAAGAGUUGUGGCGAUGCAGUCCACACAUCUGAUGAAAAGGGGAAAUGUUCCACACAGGUGCACCGUCACAGUCUUGGUAGUCGUAAAGUAGAAUCCAUCGCCGGUAACAUUAUCAAAAGCAAAGGUCAGAUCAAUGGACAGAAUGGUAAUGGCAAUUACAAGGUUAAAGACCAAUCAAAGCUGGGCAACGGGACAAGAAAGGCCACUUCUGUCAAGAUCACUGAGCAGAGGACUGCAGACAUAAUUGUUGAGUCAUGAACACCUGGUUUUACAAACUUAAAAAAAGGGGGGGAAGAAGGAGGUCUUCAAUAUCUUGAGUUGCCUUAUGGAUUUUCUGAAAGAAAAUAGCCUGCUUAGCCACUUUGAUGACUUUGUUUCUUUGGUAUGUUUUUUUAAUGUGAAUUGUAUAUCUUUUGUAUGUUAUAUAUUGGUACAUCUUGCGGACAAUUCUUGUGCACAAGACUCUUGCAAUAGUGCGUCGUGGACAAGCAUCAUGUACGUAGAACUUAGUAGACAUAAGAACUUAGUAGACAUAAUAUUGAUACAAAGAGUCAUGAUUCUCUAA